CCAAAAUCCGGGCUUUACUUUCAUUUACACAACUCUGAAAAGGUCAUUCAUGCUUUUAUUGCUUCCAGCUUCCAGUACUGUAGCUCCCUUUUUCAGGUCUCAGCAGGACGAACGACUCUCCUCUGCAGACAGUGCUGACAGGGGUUUAACUAACCACACAUCCUUCCAUGACUCACUGCCAAUCAUUGGCUGCAGCUAAAUUUUACGACGUAUUAAUAAAUCACAAAAUAUGAUUUUAGACUUUCCCCUCAUGACUUCAUUUGCAAAUUAAAAUACCUUUGUGUAAUUGUUCUUUGUUAUUACUAUAAAAUGCAUGACUUAUCACGCUGUAGCUGAAGGAGAAAUUACAAAUAACUGAUUAUUCACAGAGACGGUGAAAUGAAAUGUUAUUAUAGUAAUUUUUAUUAUUCUGUAAUAGUUAGGUGGAUGAACAAAAUAAUUUUGCACAAUUAAUUAAUAUUUCUGAAUUUGAUUAAUAUAAUGUUUCUGUCAAAAGGUACUUGGACUCAAAAAGGGGAAGUUUAUAAAAUGUUAAAGGUGACUGAAAAAACAGAUGUUGCAAGUUCCGUUUAUUAUUACAACCACUUUUGCAGCGAUGUGUUUACGGUCAACAGCGCUAUCUAGUGGAUACCUUUACGAACUACACAAUUGCAGUAAAUGAAUCGAAAGGACAAUUCCUCUUCAAUAACAUAACACUGACUGAUAAAAUCACGGAUUAAAAAUAAAAGAAAACAGCAAUUUUUAGGUUUUAAUUUUCGUUAGUUUUGUUGCUUCCGGCAUUUGCCGCAUUUUUCUUCGAGAAAUUGAACACAUCGUAAAAACACCCGUGAGAUUCCAACUGGUCUAACGGUCAUAUUCUUACAACAUCAUCAAACUCGGUGCAUCCAGAACUGAGAGGUUCCCAGGACUUUGUGAGGCGAUGCAUGAGUCUCAUGAGGAUUUCCAAUCCGGUGAAGAACAGCAAAAAGAAAAGCAGCUGGCAGAUGAUCAGUCAGGCCUCCUGUCCACAGGAAGCCUGGAUCCGAUGGAGGACCUAGAGAAGCUGACACAGGCCCAGGAGGGAGACAGUGGGGAUGAGUGGGACACCGAUCUGGAAGACAAUGCCACCCGUCACAGACGGAGCUCGUCCCUGUCAGAGCUGUACCUGCAGGCCUGCAAGAAGAUCGGUGUCACCCCUGUCUCCUCCUUCCUCCGUCACUUGGGUGAAUCCGCUGCAAACCUGAACCACUGUGGCGUAGGGCCGCUAGGAGCCAAAGCUCUGGCAAUAGUUCUGCAAAAUGACAAUGUCAUCACCCACCUCGAGCUUGAGGACAACACACUGCAGGCAGAUGGGACGCGCUAUCUAAUGAAGAUGCUAAGAGCAAACGUCACCAUUCAGAGUCUUAAUAUUUCCGAGAACCACCUGGGCCAUCAAGGAGCCUACAUCAUCUCCAAAAUACUGUUAGAUAAUUAUUGCAUCAAAUCCAUCAAACUCUCAGGAAACGACUUUGAUCAUUCUGCUGCCAAAUACCUAGCAGACGCUUUAAUGGAUGACUAUGUGAUCAAAGAGCUGGACCUCAGUCACAACAAACUAUGUGAUAUAGGAGGAGAAUACCUGGGUCGCAUGUUGGCCAGGAAUCAAGGUAUUGAAGUCCUCGAUCUGAGCUGGAAUCAUUUUCGUGUGCACGGGGCUCUGAGUGCCGGUCUGAAGGUGAACUCUAUUCUGAAGCAGUUCCACCUGUCGCACAAUGAUUUCGGCCACAUCGGAGCGGAGUCGCUGGGUCAAGCGCUGAAACAAAACAACACUCUCGUGCUGCUCGACCUCAGCAAUAACUGGCUCGACGACGAAGCCGUGACGCUGCUCUGCCAGGGCCUCAGUACAAACGGCACCCUCAAGGUCCUCAAUCUGGCCAAUAACCCCAUGACAAACACCGGAGCUCUGGUUCUGCUCAAAACGGUUAAAAACAACACAAGGUCAGCAAUGGAGAAGAUCGAUAUUUCUAGGGUAUUUGUGCGCGAGACCUUCGUGGAGCUGCUUGAAGAAACCCGUCAGACACGUCCUGCUCUCGAAGUCCAGUACGACGUCAUGAACUCUGUCACCAGGAACCUGUCUGCCAUCCACAUCUUCAAGAAACACCUUGAAGAGCAAAAUCAAAGCAUCACAGAUUUCUUCCGGGACUUGGAUAAAGAAGAAACCACGAAGGUCUCCAGCUCCGCCUUCAGGAAGGCUGCAAAGGAAGCCAACAUACCUCUGGAUCAACGGCAGAUCGAGUGGUUGAUCACGAGGUUUGACAAGAAUUGCACAGCCGGCAUAAAUUACAGGUUAGUCUGUGAAUUUGCGGAUAACUUUUUCAUUUCUCUGAGGAGUUUGUGAGCGUAAUGUACUGGCCCUUAAAACUGUGCGUAAUAUUUGCAGUCAGUUCGAUGAGCUGUCGUAGAUGUGGAGUCGUACGUGAAGACGACGGCAAACAGAUGAGACAUUUUCAAGUAAAUCUCAUGGCAUCUACACUUUAUUUUGCAUUUUCUUAACAACAUGCCAGCAGUGCGACUUUGCAAACCCCAGCAGAUCUUCUGUGCUGAUGCCACAAUCUCACAUUUUUGAGAAACUUAAUGAACGUAAACCCAAAGGUACCGUGCACCACCGACGGGUGCAACCAAAGAGCCGCUUCCUGUGACGUCAGGUGUCGCUCUCAGCCCAAAGCCUUACUUGAACCUCUGACACCAACCAGCUGCACCGACCCUGGCGUUCUCUGCCUCAUUCUCUCCAUCUGAAAUAAUCUUCUGGUAUGACAACAGAACAAGAGGUGGAAGAAAAAAGAGCUGGCGUCCAUAUCAAAGGAGCGGGCGGUGGGAAAGAAUAGCGCCAGAUGCAAGCUAGUUGUUUUUCCACGCGGGUUAGCUUUGAAUGAAGCAGCCUGUAAAGGAAAAAUGGCACGCUCAUGAAUAUGCAUGUUCGGCAUUACUUAUGCAGGCCCAGCAGAGUGGGAUUAUUAAGGGCGCGCUGAUGAAUUGUCUCAAGGUGUGAUGUCCAGCAGUGCAGUGUUUCGUUUCCGUCAGGUGGCUCUGUUGGUGAGGACAGAGGAGACAAUGACAGGACCCACCGCCUCACAGGCGCCUGUUCUUUAUGUCACAUGUAAACAGCUCGAUGUGGUGCUACACUGAAGGUGACCGUCACUAAAACAGAUCUGCUAUAUGCAUUCAAUUCACCAGCACGUAUUGAUGAAAGUCCAACUAUACUACUUGGUUUGUUCCAAAUAAAAAAGUAGCUCAAUGUGCAGUCCUAACAAUUAGCCAGCUGUAAAAUAAAUUUUAGAUUAAUAACAAGGACGCUUCAUUUGUGGAAUGAAUUGGAAGUAUUAGUUAUAGUGAGACUCACAAACUAUCCCCUGGUUUAUCACCUUCAUCUCAUCUUCUCUUCAUGGCGCUUCCUGACUUCUGUGUCAGAACCGGUUUUACUGUUGGAUUCUUCGAGGCUGGUACCGUCACUACAGGAGAUGCUCCACAAGCUCUCAGUCGAGACGUGUAAACGCUCCCACCUCUUAUUUUUUUUCAUCACAACUUUCUCUCUGGAUCUUCCCUCGGACACCAAAGUCAUAUUUUACAACAUAAUCAUUUGACUGUCAUGUUGUCUUCUUCGCAAAGCCUGUCUCCACCCUGCAUCACGAAUAAAUUAUGUCUCUAAGGAAGCAGGAAAACUCGUUUUAAUAAAAAGAUCAGAUGCACAAGUUAAGCUGAAAUCCACACUACACUUUCGCCUACACUGCCGACAUUCAUCCAGGAGAAAACCUCGGGUGAGGUCGACUGAAAAACAUGCACAAUAACACAAGACAUGCGCUGCAAUGUUUUUCCAGUUUACCUCAAUCCAGGUGGUGAUAUUAAAACACUGAAACUGAAAACAAAAUAAUCGCUGCAGACAUUUUAGAGAAAGAGCAGAGAUUUCCAGACCUAAAUAGUGGAUUUUCAUCAGGGAAACAAAUAUUUUUGUCAAUAUCUAUAAGAAAAAUGGAUCUAAAUACAGAUGCGUGAAACCAGGUCUCUUAUUUGUCUCCCAAGAUAUUCAGUUUUAAUAAUUAAUUUGGACACAAAUUGUCCAACACACAGGAUGUUGCCUUAAUGUGACCAAAACUCGUUAGUUUCUCUAGGUACUUGACAGGUGGGCCGUCACAAACGUCUCUGAGAACUCACCUUGGUAUUUUCAGUGGAUUGAAGCUCCAGGUUUCUCUUUAUGUGUUCCCACUUCAUGAGGCUGAGGUCCGUCUUCUGGGGCACAGCCCGUCCGUAUAUUUGUGGUCGUCAUUUGCAGUGAUGCAGAAUGAAUCAGACGUCUCGCCCUUGCCUAAAAUUUUAGCACUCUCCCUAAAAUAACUUGUGCGUUUGAGAAUAAAUUUAAAAAAAAAAAAAAAAAAAAAAGGAACAUUUUGACUAUUAACAUAAAUACGCCCUUAAACUCGAAAUACACUUCUCAAUUGUACGAAAAUACAAUUCUUUAUGUAAUAGCACUGAUAAUAAUUAGCUUAUUUAAAAAGACAGAAAAAAAAAAAUAACAGAAUAAUUUAGGUAAAUCAUCUCUCUGAUGUGGCUUAAUGAAAACAAACAGCUAGCUGCCAAUUUCUAAUGGGCCAUCUUUCAUCUGAAUGGACACAAAGACUUAAAACCCACGUCUUAUUGAGCCGUCCUAUUGGAAAUUCACAGAUUUGGCCAAAUUUUGAAGACGAAACGAAAACCUGCCAACAAACCCUUCAGAUAUCUAUGCACCCACUGGCACACGCUGCCAAUUAACAUGAUCUCGAAAGCGCUAAUGGAAUCUUGAGCGGUAAUAAAAGUAAAUAAUUAAAUUAAAGGAGCCCUUGUAUCAUUGUUUGCCGUAUUCAGGCCCAUUAGGACCUCCAGUAUUCUCAUGGUAAUCUAAUGUUUUGGUUUUUUGUGCCCGGGAUAAUGAAUUCUGUGUUUUUCCUCCAAACAGUGUUGUUCAGACAUUUGUGUAGGUGCUGGCAGAGAAACAAAGACGUACAUUAGGAGCCAUUGUCCCCCCGCGAUUAUUAAAGUAAACAGAAAUACUGAAGAGGUAUCGUACACAGCUGCACACACUUGAGCCUGUGUUUGUGAAGUGGGAGAAAGGGCCAAGCAACCCUCAAGACUUUGUCAGAGACGAAGCCAUUAUUUGGAGCUUCUCAAGAGCCGCGCGGCAGGCUGGCUAAUGAAGCUUUGAAGAUGCACCGUUGGCACACAACUCCGACUGCAGAACAGAAUUCGGGAACACAACAGGCUUGGCACGAGAUUAAAUGUUUCGGGGCAAGAUCCACCGCGAAGACGCUCAUCGCCUCAGCUUUUAUUUUGCCCGUCAUUAUUCACCCGAAUCGCUUUCAAAGAGAAAUCAACGAUGAGGUGAAACACGUAGUGUUUCUUUGUCGGAUGUUUGAUUGUUUAAUUUAGAUCCUAAAUAUGUCACAUGUAACAGGCCGGAACCAAAAAAGUAGUAUGAGCAUUUUGUGUAAAACACAACUUAAAAACAUUCAACAUGAGCAGCGUGUACAGAUUUAGGAAAGGAUGAGUGCAAGGCAAGUUUCAGUAAAUAAAACUUUUGAGAUGUUUAAUGUUGUUUCUUUAAAUAGUUUUUUUUUUUCAUAUACAACACAGGACAGUUAAAAUCUGUCCCAACAGUGGAGCUCAACAUAAAAACCUGCUGGCAAAUUGUGCGUUUUGUACUUUACUCCCAACAUAGCGCCCACAAAGGAAAAAAAUAAAACGGUUUGUGUAAUAAUACAAAAAAACAAUAGGGUGUGUUUGGUACAGUUUCUGCGAGGAAUAAUGUUUCUAGUUUGAUCAGAAUACGAAGUCUUGACAAGAGCGAGGGCAGGUUUAAGACUAGAGACGAUCCAGGACAAGGACUGAACUGAGCCUCAUCCAAACAACAGACUAUAAACAUGGAUUUAAAGUCAUGGCACUGGAAAACACGUUCCAUACAGAAACCUAGUGUCCUGGUUGCUCACUUUUUUCCCCCUUCCAGACCGUUGCCCGUCACAAUAUUUUGCAGCAAACCAAGGACGCCUUUGAAACCUGUGUUAAAAUUCAACAUCUUGAACUUAUUUGAAUUAGCUCCGUUUGGACCGGCUGUGGAGAAACUGGCUCCGGCUAAUGAGGAGGUUAUGCAACCGAAAGCUGUCUGGAAAAGCCUUUUUUUUUUUUUUUUUGUUUUUUUUGUUUCACGAUUAUACAAC